ACAGAACUCGCGUUUAUAUGUUCGAGUGAACAUGGUGACUUCAGUUAGUCGGUACUAAAGGCCUGUUAAUUUACUUCUUCUUUAUACGCUUAUCCUGGCCUACGGGAAACUUAAUAUUUACUGCCUAAUAUAUAUAUUCGGGAACUACUGGCAAUAACGUCGAAUAAAACGGCAGCGAUAGUUGACGGUGACGUUAGCGUCUGCUUAUAACCAAUGACAAAGCGCUUGAGACUGGCUUGUUAUCAGCUAGCUGGUUAACGCCGACAUUUUGCAGCAUAUUUAUCAUUAACGUUACUUAAGAGUCGUUUAUGUUUUGUAAUAAUUUUAAGUAGUUUAUGUUUGUAGCCAAUUGGGAUCAUAUUAUCUUAUCAUUAUUCAGUAUAAUUAGCUGGAUAAGCAAAGUUAGCUUUAGGGAGGCUAUCAACUGACAUCAGAAAGCCGUGUGGCCCUCUCAGGCCUUUGUAAAAUAAAAAAGAAGCUCCUCCAGUUUCACAAAGAGUCAUCAUAUGUUGACUGAAAACAGAAAACGGCAGCGCUGCUGUGCUGAUGAGGAGAACGGUCACCUGGUGCCCCAAGCCAAAAGGCCGAGCAGAGCUCACCCCCUCUCCCCUGUGCCAGGGCGGGAUGCCUGGGACUCUGAGUCUUCCAAUAGUGAGAGCAGCACCAGCAGCAGCGGCAGCAGCGGGGGCGGCAUCAGCAGUCCAGAACAUGCAGCGGGCAGUCAGUGUGUUGUGGGCCCCUGCAGUCCCCUCAGCUCUUCAGAACUCCUCGGCCCAACUAGCCAGGUGUCAUAUCUGCAGAUCAACCGCAUCCUCAAGGAGGCCCACUUCCAGAGCCUGCAGAGCCGAGGUCACCUCAGAGACACAUGAUGCAGUAACGGCCCUCUUCCACCCGCCAAAGGACUGAGGAUCUGAAACAUAUCACAGCAUCACAUGCUGAAACACCUCUCUCAGCUCCUCCCCACUUAUCUCCAGUUACUGUGGCAUCUCACCACGCUAUACAUAUGUGUGUGAAGGUCAGCCUCUGGUUAGGUAUAUGGGGAUGGUUUAUCUGUCAAAAAAAUCAAGAUGAUUUUCAGUUGAGCAAUAAUUACUCUGAGAACUGUGAUUAACUUAAAACCUAUUUUUUAUCAGCUUAUGUUGGGAUCGGUCUGGUUUACUUGCUGCUCUGAGAGCCUUAUUAGAGUGACUGAUCUGAUUGGUAGAGAAACCUUGUGCUUUGUCUUAAAUGCUGCCAAAGCAGCACCAAAUACCAUUUUAGGCCAGUAAUGACUUGUUUAGUCCUACAGUGAGACACAUGGGUUGGAUAAUGCUGGAUUAGAUUUCUGUAAGAACAUGGACCAGUCUCAGGGAGAAUAUGCACUUGUCUAAGACUGCUCAUUUGCUUUUAUAUUAGACAUGGACUCUUUUAGAAGAAACUGAAUGAUCCAUUAAACGUUGGUGUGGGUGCUAGGUUUUCCCCACUCCUAUUUAGUUAAGAAAUAUUUAUUCGAAAUUGUUGUAUAGAUAAUAGCUAUUUGUAAUUAAUUAGCUAAUAGCUAAUUGUUGAGGAGUCAGGUUGUAGAAAAUAGGAUCGGAUCUAAGGCAGGGCCAUACAUUUUAAAACAUUUCAUAGCACUCCCAGGACAGAGAAUGUUUGGUUGCUAUUCCGAAUAUUUCAUUAGCAAUUACACUCAGCGUUAAAUCCUUCCAUUCAUUCUCUGUAUUUGACUAGUAGUAUAAUAACUGCAUUAGAGUAAAUUCAGCUACUGGUGCAGAUAAUGGUAUGAUUGUUAGAAUAUUAUUUAGUUUCGUUGUUUCUAAAGUUCACAUUUCUCCGUGUUUGUCUUAUUUGUUGUACAAAAAUACAAUUUGGUGAAAAUUGACACAACAAACAAUUUGACUGUGGGGAAGGUAUCCACAUUAUAGAACAAAAAAACAUCUGACAAGUGUAAAAGCACCAAUUUUGCACGUCAGUCAUAUAGUUGACAUGAAGAAUUGAACUAUUUCCAAGAGAGACAAAGUUCCAUAUACUUAUUAAAGGGGUGUUUUGCCGGUGACAGUUAUCCGCUGACAGCUUAAUCCUGAAGAUGAAGUAGUGUCGAGUGAAGUUUAUUUAAUUUGUGUCAAUUACAGAUAAUAACCUAAACUUGUUUUCUUUUUAAUGAGAAAAUAGGGUGAUUAAUGUGGAAUCACAACAGUUCUGAUAUUAAAUAAGGCCAUACAAAGGAAUAAAGAGCAUGAUUGCUUUGGUGAUUAUGUUAAACACAUGAGUAUAUCUACUGUCUGAGCCUUCCCACAACAUCUCAAAGAGAAAACAAAACAGUGUCAAGAUCUGUGAAAGCUGAGGUAGCCAGAAAAGGACAUUUAAACAGGUCAAUUUGAAAAUAUUUCUCUCUUGCUGCCCUCCAAACCUUCAGAUGCAUACAGGCAUAUGAAUGUAAAGUUUGCUUUGACAAUAUAACGAUGCAUGCUUUAAUCUGCUCAUUUUCAGACUAAUCUGCGCGCUUCCCUUUUGGUUGCUUUUCCAGUGUCGGCAUCUUUUAACCAAUGCUGCAAAAGCAACUUAUCCUUAACGAUAACACUGCCUUAAGUGGGAAAGUACAUGUCAUAGAGUAGCGAAGAGGAAGCCAGGCUUUGAUUGAUCAGAUCUUUUUUUCAAGGGGAUUGGGGGGAAUUAAAGCCUGAAAUCGAGCAAUUGGGGAGCUCGUAGUAGUCUAUGUAGCCUAGAAACCGGUUGAAGGAAAAAGCUAAUUAUUUAAGUGUAUCGGCCUCCCAUCAAAAUAGAUUUCCAUCUGUCCUGGCAAGUGUUUGGCAAAUGAUUCCUUAAUCUUAGCAGGGGCAGGUUUGAUAUGGCUGUCCAGUAAAACACCAUUGGGGUAUUUUGGAAAGAACCACCACAGCUGAAGUGAACACCUUCACAGUCAAUGUUUGUGUCAGUAGUUACAUUUCCUUUGUUGAGCCUUUUGCUUAAAUUGUUCUGCCUCAGGACCAUGUCACACAUUUUGUAGCUGUAAUUUGCCGUUGGCUUGUCAGAUCAUACGAAGUGACAUUUUCGUCAGUUCCUGCUGAUAACACCCAUCAGCAGUUGAAAAAUAAAUUAAAAAAUGAAAGCUUUCAGACUAAUUUGUGCAAUUGUCACACAGUUGAGGCCACAAGUUUAAUUUCAGGCCAGUUGGAACACAAUAUGGUGAAAGAUUGUCAUAGAAUGUGUGCCCUGUUAUGCCAAAAAUAUUACUGCAUACUCCAGCUUUAACUACAACUUUCCACAUUUCAUGCUUUCUCAGCCUUUAAUGUUUGUGUGGGACUGCUGUGGUGUUGAUGCAUGUAGGAACAAGCAGAUAUUUCUGUCAAGAAGGAGUUGCAUUCCACAGGCUUGGAUUGCAAUAUUAUUGGAUUCUCUGAAACGCUGUUUUAACUGCAGACAAGCUUCCUGGCUUGCACAAUAACAUUCAAUGGUUGCUGAGUGACUAUCCCUGUGCACAAAAAAUCCUGAUGUAAGGUAAUAUGGCGCCUUCUCUUUAAGCAGGACCGGUAGACCCGAAAGUAGUUUGUUUAUUUUUAUUUUUCUAAAUCAAUGUGUCAAAAUGAAUAGACUUUGGAGAUGUGGUUUUAUUUUUUUUAAUUACAUAUUUUUUGUAUUUAGAAAUAUACUUUAUUAAUGUGACAUGGAUCUUUUUUUUUUUGGGUGGACAUCCUCUUAUUUUAAAAUAAAACUAGAUUUUGAA